GCAAUUUGAAUGUCAGAACAGUUGCAACAGUUCCCAGCAGGGAAAGAGCUAGGACUCGGAGAGAGACGCUGAAGGCUUCAGCCGAGCUCAUAGUCGUCCUUUUAUUCGCAAGCGAGAAGCUGCACGAAGGUGCAAGACGACCCAUUCUACUCUCAAAUAUUUAGGAUGGAGAAUAAGCUCAUGAAGAGCUCAGCUUGUGUCAUCCUGUGCACUUCGUAGUCUAGCCUGUUGCAGGGAGCUCUGCUUUGACCCAGUCGAUUGCCCACAUUGGGCGAAGAAACCCCCUGGGGCUCACGGGAUCGUUGUGUCCCCAAACUGGGGCCAGAGAUGAUGUCCACCUUAACAAUUAUGCAACCCCCUUGAUCUGUAUUGUGGCGGGAGCAAGCAUGAUCACAGAGCGAGAAUAACGAAGGACUGAAAGCAGUGCAUGCACAAGUCCGCACGUCCCUUUCAAGGCAACUUGACCUUCUUCCACUUGGAGCAACUCCCGGCUCGUGUUCACGAUCAUGCGGCCUUGUGAAUCUGUGGACUGCGGUCCAGAAGUAUCCCUCCAUUAGAAUAUUGUAACAUAGCAGUAGGAUGUUCUUGGUUGAGUUUGAUGUGAGGGGAUUCAUAUGGCCGAGGGCGUUUGGUCCGUAGCUAGUCAUAGAAGGUCAACAAAAGUAGCCAGCAGUUGAUAGUUUACAUCUGUAAAGAUAUGUGCUUUAGCAGGUUCAUAGUAGCAGUGCUCGCGUAAGGACAGUAAGUUACUCAAGAAGGGACCUCAGCCAGUUACCCAUUUGUACUCAAGGGGGAGCAACUUUAGAUACCUCUCAAAAUGGGGCUGCAGAUGAGGGGCCGGUUCCUGCCAGAUCUGAUGGCCUUCGACAACGACUCAGAGGAGACGGAGGUCAUGCUGAGUCAGGCUGACAGCAGCGAUGGCUCAGACUUCCCCGGCUACUCCUCUAGCACCGCCAGCCACAGUCGAGCGCAGAGUUACUCCUCCGGGGGGGGUCCCCAAGAGUUCUCGGCCAGGGGUACGGACACCCCCCCAGAAGAAGGGUUUGAGGGAUUGGAGACGGUGGAGGGAGUGGCCCAUUUUCUGCAGACAUAUUGCAGUCCGUCGAGUCUCAUGCACGCGCAGCGGAUGAUAGCGCAUUUCAACGAUGCGUACGAGCUCGGCACUAUGUCGCUGCCUGACGAGUUCCGAAUUGAAGCCUGGCGGGGCACUGUGAAGCGCAUUGCACGGACGCUGGGGGACAGUUUGCUCGAGACUAACCAGGGUUUGGCCAAGCUGUGUAGGGUGAACAUGGAACGGACACAGCAGGUCCACCUGGCAUCGGAAACGUGGGUCCUUGCUCAUCUGCAUGACAAGCUGGUCGACGGGUUGGCGGGCAUGGUCGCUGCACGGGAGGCGGACGUCAAAAGCAUGCUGGCUAAGCUCGACAAGCUGCCCACGAGCGUCCUGGGAGUGACUGAGGAGUACGAGGAUGCGGUCUUGGGCGAUGCGGUCUUGCAGUUUCAGUCUCUACCUCUAGCCAGGAGCCCCCUUGAAAAGGCACUCUGCCUGAAGAAGACGGUGACGUGCAUGCUCGAGGGCAUCUCCCGAACAAAGCGAGCGAGCGCGCGCGACGACUUUGUGCCCUGUACCGACGACCUCCUCUCUCUCAUGUUGCUGAUGCUCACAAAAGCCAAGAUUCCGCGGCUCCUCGCGCAAGCCAUGUACAUUGAGCACUUUCUCAACCUCCAUCUGGACGACGGUCUCACGGGCGAGCUGGGGUACCACCUGACCAACCUCCUCGCUGCGUGCGCAUACCUUCAAACGGACCAGUGCAAGAGAGUGUCUGAACGGGCCGCGCCAUUGACGAUCUCCCCCGGGCUCCAAGAGCCUUCUCGCCAUGAGGCGGGGUGGGGCUUCAAUGAGUCUCCCAUGUCGCCGGACGACACUCCCCCCCACCCAGUGAAAGCACGGCGCCGCCUCGGCUUUCGGCGAAAAUCCUUCGCCAAAUAGGUACUCUGUUCGAUGUGUACAAAGUUGAUUCGGAUACGCUCUCUUCAUAUAGGCAUAAAAUGCGUGAUCGAGAUCCGGAGGUCGAGCGCCCUGCGAGGCCGGCCGACCAUCUGGAGGAAACGUUUUAGUGCAUCGAUCAAAUAAUGACAGACAAGGCGGAAUUGAUAUAGAUUACCGAGCGCAAUUUGCGAGUUGUAGUAUUGGGUAUUGAGACAAGAACGUGUAUGAUAAGUACUCGAGAAGGAAGGCGUCGGGCUCCUUGUAGGAGCUCUUUCAGCCACUUGUCGUGUAGUGUAGUAGUGUAUAUUGUCUACUUAGAACUAGUUACAUUCAGCAGGUUUAUGUUGUAACGGAUUGAUCCGAUCGCAUGCAGUUCAUACGGCAGUUGAUUGAAUUGGAUGCUCAGCCGCCAG